AUGGCUAAAUUGAGAUCCUCUUCACAAAUCUCUCUAUUCUCAAACCCUAGUUCUUGUUCUUCACUUUUGUGUGUUGCACUUUUGAUCUUCAUUUUCUUUAUCAUUUUCCUUCAAUCCCCUACUUCCAUGGCAGCUGCAUCAUUUCCAACUGAAGCACCCACUUCUUCCUAUGAUGAAUCCUCAAGAACAUCAACAACCACCAUGGAUUUUCGUCCGAAAAGAAGCCAUCGUCAAUCACAUUCAAAGCCAACAAGGUCAUUCGAAGCUGGUGCUCAUGAAGUUCCUAGUGGGCCAAACCCAAUUUCAAACAGGUAA